AACAUAUAUAGCGCGUAGGGAUUUCCCGCCCGAGACAUUCCAAGGCAGACCGGUCAGUCCGCGUCAGUGCCCAGUGUCUCUCAUAAUGGCUUCCAGACCGCAGCGUGUAAUUCUCUGCUUCAGCUGCCUACUCGCGUUGAGCGUGUCACAGUAUUCCUACCAUGGAGGAAGUGGCUGUGUGGGCCAGUGCGUGCGUAUACAGGAAUGCCAACAAUUGCUGUCCCUGUUCAAGCAGAAACCUCUUCCCACCCAAUCAGUCCAACUUCUAAGACAGUCUCACUGUGGGUUUGAAGGGAUAAAUCCGAAAGUGUGCUGUCCCAACUCGCAGUCUGUAACGCCAAUUGCUACCUCGUCGGGUGGUGGAGGAUACAUGCAGCCGGUGUGGAACACCAAGCCUCAGGAGCAGAGGCUAGCCUCAAGUUGGGAGUCACACCGUAACGCUCGUCUGGUACCCGCUAAAGAGUGUGGCAUUGACAACAGCCAGAGAAUUUGGGGUGGAAACAGGACGGAUUUGGAGCAGUACCCUUGGACAGCACUCUUUGAAUACCAAUCACCUACUGGAAUUAAGAAGUUCUUAUGCGGUGGCGCCCUCAUUACGAAGCGUUACGUCGUCACCGCAGCCCACUGCCUGGCGAGAAGCGAACUCCGUGGGUACACAUUGCUGACGGUACGACUGGGAGAAUUCGACACGGAGCAGAACCCGGACUGCGAGAGGGACCUGUUUUCUGGCAAAGAGAGCUGUGCUCCGUUCCCAGAAGAUUUCGGGGUACAGAGGAUCAUAAUACAUCCAGAAUACGAAGCUAGAUCCACCAACAGGUUCAAUGACAUCGGUCUCGUCAGACUGGACCGAGAGGCUCAGUUCAAUGAGUUCGUGAAACCGAUUUGCCUGCCUUUCGACGAAGCGGUGAGCAACAGACACCUGGGAGAGGAACUGGUGGUCACCGGAUGGGGCAGAACAGAGACAAUGAAAGCCAGCAACGUGAAGCUGCAGGUGUGGCUGCCCGUUGUCAGUAACGAGGACUGCGGCAGAGUCUACCGAGAGAAAAGGCUCGACAUAGGGGACGGUCAGCUAUGUGCGGGCGGCGUUGACGGCAAGGACUCGUGCACCGGAGACAGCGGAGGCCCUUUAAUGAGCACCGGGGUGUCGUCUCGAGAUGGCAGAUCACGCUACUUCCUGGCUGGGGUCGUGUCUUUUGGGCCGGAUCCUUGCGGCAGGAAGGACUGGCCAGGGGUGUACACACGUGUCGCACGUUACACAGACUGGAUCCUAAACCAACUCGCCGACUGAACGCUACACACUCUAUUUCUGUGCUUCUUUCACGAUGCCUGUGGA